GGAGUGUUUAAGAAUGGAGAAUUACGAAACCUUGAGAGUGCUUCUUGUUGAUGAUGAUUCUACCUGUCUGCUCAUUGUUGGUGCUAUGCUCCGGAGAUUGAAGUUCAAGUUGUGACAGCAAAACGUAUAGGACGAUUUGGGUACCCUACGACCAAAGGGAAGCUUUGCAUUUGAUCUCAUUAUUUCAGAUGUCCACAUGCCUGAUGUCAAUGGCUUUGAACUGCAGCACAUGAUUGUCAUAGCUUUUGUGACAGCAGAAAACCCACAUGAUGCUUUGGGUGCCCUACGAGCAAGGGGCAACUUUGCAUUUGAUCUUGUUAUUUUAGACGUCCACAUGCCUGAUAUCAAUGGUUUUGAAUUGCAACUCAUGAUUGCCCAUGAAUUUCAGGCUCUUCCCAUAGCUUUGAUGUCCAUUGAUAAACAAGAGGGCAUUGUGAGGCAGGGAAUGCGGAACGGAGCUAUUUCGUUCAUCGAAAAACCUGUGUCGGAGAAUGCCCUGAAAUGUUUAUGGCAAUUUCUUAUAGCUCAAAAGAAGGGUUAUGUUAGGUGUAGUGCUAUGGAGCUGCAUGUAGAAAUGACUCCUACUCCAUCUGCCGCUGCCACUUGCACCACAAAUUUUGCAGCUUAUCAGAAAUCCGUGGAGCAGAUGACCACCACGACAGAACCUUUUUUUGAAACCAAGAUGGGGAAGAAGAAGCUGGUGUGGACGGAUCUUCUUCAUUUCAAGUUCUUGGAUGCCAUCGCCUCUGUAGGAGUUGAGAAUGCGGUACCCAAUAAUAUUUUGAAGGCCAUGAAUGAGCCGGGAUUAACUAGGGAGAAUGUUGCAAGUCAUUUGCAGAAAUAUAGGAAAUUCCUGCGCCGCCAGAACAAUGAAGAACUCGAAAGCAACUUUCCAUCCAACAACUCCGACGGCUAUCAACCUAGAUCAGUUGCACCCAAGAGGGUCAGCACAUUUGCCCAAUUUGGUCAACUGUUCACUCGCCGUCAAGGAAAGCCUGCCGCCGCUGCCCCAUGUUCUUCCUCCCAGUCUCUAUCACUCUACUCGGCCAACAAUGAUGAUAUUUCUGGCGUGUCUUUGUCGGAGCAGGAAGAAUCAUUGUUCCACCGUGGUUUGACAAGAGACAGAGACUACCCCAU